AAUAAUAAUAUAAUAAUAAUAAUGAAGAUGGACUUUUAUGCUCCUUCUCAAAUCUAGUAACCUUAAUUGGCUCUUAUAUAUAUAUAUAUAUAUAUAACCCAAGAAAUUUCACUUUAUAGCAGUUCUCUUUUUUAUUUCCACUGAGAGUAGUGUCUGUGUCGUCUUUAAAAUAUAUUACAUAAUAUAUAUCUAUAAAAGUAGUAUAUAUAUAAUAUAUACCACCGCAUUAUUAUUAUUAUUAUAAUUAAAGCGGUAAAACCAACGAAAUGGAUCCUUUCAUAGAUGUAUUUUGUAAAAUUGAUAAAAAUUAUGAUGGAGUCAUUUCAAGAAGUGAACUGCAAGAAUACACAAGAGUGCAUCAUCUUGAUCCAGAAAUGAUUGAAAGAUGGGAAAAGUUAUUUACCGAAGAAAGGACGCAUCAAAUAACGCUGAAUAGAUUUUUGGAGGUUUUGGGUAUCAAGAAAGAAGAUUUUGAACAUCAAAGACGGAAAACAAUUCAACAACAAUCAGGAUAUUUUAAACUUGGCAAAGAUGUUGAAUACAUUGCAGGCGAUAUGAGCUUAUCAGAACAAAUCAAUGUUAGCAAUGAGGCAAGAUCAUUAAUAGAAGAGUAUGGCAAAGACAAUGUGUUAGAUAUUGCUACAAAAUUGAAAAAGUUUUUAGACAAUCUAUUUGGUCCAUCAUGGCAUGUUAUCAUGGGGCUUAAUUCUUAUUCAUGCACCUAUGAAUAUGAAGUUGAUACUGCCUUUCAAUUUAAAUUGAAAGAGUAUUUAAUUUCAGUUUGGAAAACACCAGAAAAUUACAUGUUCAAGUUUAACUGAAAAACUGAAAAUUUUAUGCAUCAAAAAAAAACAAACCAGUUCCCUGUUUUCUUCUACAUCUCUGUGCCUUCUUGUGUUUGUAUUAUUAACUUUGCGCCUGCCUUUUUAUCUUUAGUUUGGUGAAACAAAUUUUUUUUUCCAAUGAUUCUAUUUGUUCAUCAUCAUAAAAACAAAUGCUGUGAUCAUUUUGAAAUUGAUUGAAAUUAGAUAAUUGGAUGUAAAUAGUUUGUUUGUUUUUGUUACUUAUGAUAAAAGAAGUCAGAUUACUAUUAGUAGUAGUAUUCUAAAUUUGUAAGUAGUAUGUGGAAGGAUUCUAGAAAGACGCCUUUAUUUAGAUUUCAUUUAUAUUUUCAUAUAUUGUACAACGAUGAGUGACUGCAGAGUAGGCGGAUUACUGACAAAUUUACACGAUAUGUAUAUAUAUCCUAGUUGGGGACUAUUCAGCAGUACCCACUCACCGGGGUUCGAACCCAGGACCUUCUAGUUACAAGACGAGCUAGCUCGUAGACCAUUAAGCCACUGGGACCCGAUUCAGUGGCCAGUGAGUGCAUGAAUUCCAACUCCUGCCAAUUAACGACCAUUUCGCAAUGUUUUCUUCGAUGAGUUACUGCCUCAUCUUCAACCUGCUGUAUCCUACUGGUCAUGGCUUCCCUACUAGAACGCCAGGUAACUACCUACCUGAAUA